AUGGAGAAGAGCAGGUAUGGCUCAUGUUCUCACCAUGGGUUAUUGCUAGCGCUGCUGAUUUGCUUGCUGUUUGAUUUGUCCAUGGCCCGCGUGCAACCACUGCGGCUAAACAAAGUGCAGGAAAGCACCAUGAGAAACCUUUCAAGCAUGGUCUCCACCAUGGCUCCGUGGAGCCACUGGGACACAACCGACCCGAACCCGUGCCUGUGGAGUGGGAUCACUUGCUCUGUGCCGUCUAACCGCCCUGGUUCAUCUGCAGUUGUGCUGCACCUCUCCAUGUCUCGCUUUGGCCUCUCCAACUCCACCGUAAUUGCCUGCUUAUGCUCCCUUGAUACCUUGGAAUCUCUGGACCUCUCAAAAAACAGGUUCACCGAUCUGCCACAGCAGCUCUCCUCAUGCCCCUUGGGUGCUAGAUUGCGGACGCUCAAUUUGAGCUACGCUCAGUUGCCUGGACCGCUCGGCGACUUCACUGGUUUCCGCAAACUGGAGGUUCUUGAUUUCUCCUUCAGUUUGCUGAGUGGAAAUGUAGACGAACAGUUGAGUUCUUUGCCCAGAUUAAGAAGCUUGAACCUUAGUUACAAUACACUUGGUGGUAGCCUCCCAACAAUAAUGGUCCACUCUCUGAAGGAACUGGUGUUGUCUGGCAACGGCUUCAGUGGUUUGAUACCUAGUGAAAUCACCAUGAAUACAGAGAUGUUGGAUUUGAGUUACAAUAAGCUUAGUGGUGAGAUACCUCCUGAUCUGUUCUUGGCUGGUGGUUUGCAUACCGUUGAUCUCACCGGCAACAGGCUUGAAGGGCACAUCCCACAAGGAUUCUCUCGCAGCCUCUAUCGCCUUCAUCUCGGAGGAAACUUGCUCGAUGGUAGUAUCCCAGGCUCGAUUGGUGAUGCCUCAAGCUUGUCUUAUCUUGAGCUGAACAAUAACCACUUGGCGGGAGGCAUACCCCGACAAGUUGGCAGAUGCAGUAGGUUGGUUCUCUUGAAUCUGGCAAGCAAUCAGUUGAACGGUGCAGUGCCCGCUGAGAUCGGCAAACUUGAUAGCCUGGCUGUUCUGAAACUCCAAAUAAACAAUUUUGACGGACAUAUACCAAGCACACUUGUCAAUCUGGUGAACUUGAAUGUACUGAACCUUAGCCAAAACUCAUUUACUGGAGAGAUACCACAUGAAAUUUUCCAGCUACCACGGCUUUCAAACAUAAAUUUGCAGGGCAACAAGAUCACUGGCGCCAUUCCAACUUCAAUCAGUUCACCGCAAUCUCUUAUUGAGCUUCAUCUCGGGGAUAAUGAGCUCACUGGUGUCAUCCCCACAAUGCCGACCAGCUUGAGUGCACUUCUGAAUCUAAGUCACAACCAUCUCAGUGGGUCUAUUCCUUCAAAUAUUGGCAUUUUGAAGGACCUGGAGAUCCUUGAUCUUUCCUACAACGAUUUGUCUGGCCCGAUACCAUCCUCGCUCGAAGGUUUGCAAAGCUUGACAGAGUUGGUGAUUUCUUAUAAUCAGCUCUCUGGAUCCCUUCCAGCAUUUCGAGAAUCUGUGGCAGUCGAUUCCACGGGAAAUCCAGAUCUUCUUAACUAUACCGCCAACGCUUCAGACGUGAUGACAAGCACCGAAGAUCACAGCUCGGCUAUAUGGGUUGCGGCAGUUUCAUUUGUGGUUGGCUUCGUCGUCUCUUUCUAUGGGGAUGGGAUCAGACACGGGUGGCUUACAGGUUGA